CAGUCCUCAGUACUGGCACGAUGGCGUUCUUCGCUCUGUGGUACUGUGUACUAGUUGGUUGCUUCUCUGUUUCUCUAGCAGAGAUGCUCAACCUCUCAGCUCUGUACCCUCCUAAAUGGGAGGAGAGUCCUGCUGAAUUCAGUGACUAUACAUCACAAAAUGGAAAAUAUAUUAUUAAUCCUUGGGUAUACCCUGAGAGAUUGGGGAUGUAUAAAAUCCUAUUAAACAAGACAGCCAAAUAUUUUCAAAGAUUUGGAAAAGAUAAUGAAGAAAAUAUCUUAUGGGGAUUGCCUCUGCAGCAUGGCUGGCAAUAUAGUUCAGGUAGAUUAGCUGAUCCCACAAGAACGACAGAUUGUGGUUAUGAAUCUGAUCCUUUAUGUAUCUCAGAGGACAGCUGGUGGGCUGAUUUGAACUAUUUUCUAUGUGUAUUGCCGGUGUUUGGUGCGGUGGAUUCUGGCAUCAUGGGGAUAUCAUCAGACCAGGUUGAACUUUUGCUGCCACCGAAGGAUGGGUCGAGAUUUUGCUAUAGUGUUUCUAGUUGUCAGGCAUCAUACCCUACCACAAUGAAAAAAUGGAAAGCCUUUUACCAGCGUAUUCAGUUACCUUCUACUAGCCUUGAUAGCCUCUUGAAGUACUUAUGGGAUGCACACACCUCAACUCUAAAAGAAACUUUCUCAAAAUUUGAAGAUAGGUUUGCAUAUUACUCUAACCCUGAAGUAGAGUUUGAGAAAGAUUGGAAUACAGCUGUGGAAUAUUUUGCAGCGUUCCGGCUCCAUACAACUUUGACUACAGUAUAUGAAUUCCAGAAAGGACUGCCACCACGAAUCCUUGUUAAUGGAGAUGAAGCUCCCUUCAUAAAAGACUUUAGUAACUUUCAGAAUGUAGUUUUGCUUGGUCUAAAUCUCCUUUACAAAGUGGACAGUGCUUCAGGUUCAUCAUCUUUAACCCUGUGGAAAUUUUUGAUGAGUAUACCUGGAGUGAGGACUGCAGUUCAACUGCUAAUAGAAGCAAUUGCUAAGGCCUUUACUUCGUAACUUUUGGAAACUUGUAAUAGUUAUAAACUUCUUUUGAUCAGCACCAUUACAAAUUUUAGUCUGCUAAAACUAUAGCAUUCAUGUUUCACAGUUUUCAAUUUAUGAUUACUUGUAAUUUACUCAUGCAUUUAUAAUUUUAAGUGAAAAUUAAUGGUAUAACUCUAUUGAUUAAUUACUAUUUGUUAAUCUUUGGGGGUUUGCUUUUGGGUGACAUCUAGUGAUGCCUAAGGAUUGCUCCUGGCUCUGUGCUCAGGGGGUUUUCAAGGGACCAUAUAUGGUAUUAGGGAUUAAACUCACUUGGGCAUAUGCAAGGCAAGUGCUUUAACUGGCUGUACUAUUUCCCCCCAUCCUAUUUGAUGAUUUUUAAUGCUUAAAAUGUUUAGGAUGUAAUGAUGAUUAAAUUAAGCUAUAAUAAAUUACAAAUAAAUUAAUAGCAUUAAAUUUGUUUAAAAUUC